ACUAAAACUUUAGCUCAAUUACGAACCGAUCGCCAAACGAUACUAAUAUCGAAACCAGUUAAGUUUUAAUUACAUUCCAAAUGUUUAAUAAAGUGUGUGUGCUAUUGCUGGCUCUUGGCCUCAGCCAGGCUGUGCCCCAUAUGCUGCUGCCCGACGUGGGCCUCAUGCAGUUCAUGAUGCGUUCUCGCGAUCUCAGCCAGGAUAAUCCAACACGCUCGCUCUCCUGCUUUGACUACUAUCUGCCGCAGCUCAAUAAUAUUGCCGACAACUACAAGACGGAAUACGCAGCCUGCCUGACUGCCGCGAAAGAAGCUGAAGCUGGCAUCGAUGACACCACCAAGGAAAAUCGCACCCGCAUUGAUAAUGCAUCUGACGACGCCUGCAAAGCUUUGACUACUUGUAGUGCAUUGUCUGGCUCCAUUGCUUACUUCGAAUGCUAUGCUGAGGCCGGCGGUGACAAUGCCAAGACCAUGUACACCAUUUCAGCCAAUUCUUCAGAGCUGUUGGCUCAGGUGCGCGAAGAAUACCGCCUUAUCGAAAUUGAGCAAUAUUCUUGCACCAACAAAUCGGAGCGUGCCUAUGUGGAGAACACCGCUAACACUUAUGAAGAGCUAAGCAAGUGUCUGUCGGGCCAAGGAAUCCCAACAAAUCCACCACCCACUGAAUCCACAGCUGCUCCCCCAACUGAAUCCACAGAGGCACCACCAACGGAUUCCACAGCUGCGCCAACAACUGAAUCCACAGCUGCCCCACCCACUGAAUCGACUGCAGCUCCUCCGACUGAGUCGACUGCAGCUCCUCCAACUGAAUCGACUGCAGCUCCUCCCACUGAAUCCACAGCUGCUCCUCCAACUGAAUCGACUGCAGCUCCCUCCACAGAAUCUACAGCAACACCAGCUACUGAAUCAACCGCAGCUCCUCCCACCGAAGAGGAUAUGCCAGAAGAGGACUUGCAUCGCAGCGCUGAGGAGCAAGCCAAAAUUAAGGACAUCUUGAGCAACUUGAAGAGUUGGCUAAGCCGUCACUCGUUUCGUCGGGAUCACCAACUAAGGAAUACAGUGGAAUACAAUAUUACCUAUAUAACUAUGAAAUUCGUGCUGUCUUUGUGCCUGCUGUUGGCUUCCGGCCACAGCGUUUUGGGCCACGUGUUGGAAUACGAUCUAUCGCCCUUUGUUGCACUACAAGAGCGUGCCAUGCGUUCUAUGGUAUCGGCCUACUCUGCUAACGAUGAUCCCGAUCUAGUUGCCAGUUGCUUCAAUAAGUAUAUUGAAGAUCAACAAGGCGUGCUGAACAACUACAACAAGGAAUACACCGUUUGCCUCUCCAGUGCUCAGGAAAAGCGCAAUCAGCUGACUGCUCAGAGUGCCAAGGAUCGCCAGGAUCUGGUGGAUCGCAGCGGAGGCAUGUGCGCUAAUCUUUAUUCCUGCGAUGAUGUCAUCGACGGAUUGGAAUUCUUUGAUUGCUAUAGAAAUGCGGCAACUAUGAACUUCGUGCUUUCUUUGUGCCUGCUGUUGGCUUCCGGCCACAGCGUUUUCGGCCACGUGUUGGAAUACGAUCUAUCGCCGUUUGUUGCACUACACGAGCGUGCCAUGCGUUCUAUGGUAUCGGCCUACUCUGUUAACGAUGAUCCCGAUCUAGUUGCCAGUUGCUUCAAUAAGUAUAUUGAAGAUCAACAAGGCGUGCUGAACAACUACAACAAGGAAUACACCUUUUGCCUCUCCAGUGCUCAGGAAAAGCGCAAUCAGCUGACUGCUCAGAGUGCCGAGGAUCGCCAGGAUCUGUUGGAUCGCAGCGGAGGCAUGUGCAAUAAUCUUGAAUCCUGCAAUGAAAUCACCGAUGGUGAUGCAAACGCUAAAUACAACAGUUUGUUUGGCAAAUAUGAGAAUAUCGAGUCAGAGCGCAGACAAUGUACCGAUGCAGCCCGCUUCGACUAUGCACAUGACUUGGAGAAAUGUGAUUCCGAGUUCAAUGAUUGUAAAUCCGGAGGAACUACAUUGGAGAACGAGACCAGACGACGCCACUUGUGGCUCUGGGCGCUGCUGUUGGUGCAGCUGCUGCUGGCGCGUGACUCUCAUGCAGAUUUGCCAGCUGAUGAGUGGCCAGAGUCCACGUCCACGCUUGACGAGUGUCACGAUGAGUACGCGCUGGCAAGUGCCAAUGCCUCAAGUAUCUAUAUGCAAAGCUUCAGCUCGUGUGAGCUGACGGCCAACGAAACGAAAUACGAUCUGAGCAUAGACGAGCAAAUGGAGCGCGAACAAAUCCAACUGGGCGCCAGCACAGUCUGCAACAAUAUGCAGCAAUGCGAUACGCUCGAUGAGGAUUUGGAGUACUUCAAGUGCAUGCAAGAUAAUGGCAAGCGCAAUCAGCAGCUGCUGAUGCAGAUCAAUUACAACGCCAGCAGCGCCGAGACUCGUCUGCGCGAGGACUACGAUGCAGUGCAGCAAACAUUUGUGCUAUGCACGCUCGAAGCGCAGCUUGUCUAUGUGAACGGCAUGCUGAAGCGCCUCAACAUGAAGCUACUGAGCAGCGUACUACUGUUGGCCAGCCUGGCCAUCUUGGCCCAAGCCAAGCCGAGCGCAGUGCAGGCGCCACUACAGGCAACUUUGGAUAAAUAUUUGAAUGCGCGUAAUUUUGAUGUGGACUCACCGGAUGUAACUGCCAACUGCUUUUCUUUGUAUCUGCCCAUGCUGAAUGAAGUUGCUGCCGCAUUCUCCAGCUCGUAUCAGGCCUGUAUUAGUGCAGCCAAUGCAGUGACUGCCAACUUGACUGCGGAGGCGCUGAAGGAGCAGUCGAUGUAUAAGCAGGAAGUGAGCAGCUUGUGCGGCGCUUUCAGUGCUUGCGACAGCAGCGACAAUGACACCUUCAGCUUCUUCACCUGCUAUGCCAGCGCGGCCCAAGCCGACAUCUCUGUGAUCUACGACAUAUCCACAAAUGCCGCCACCACCGGCAACACGCUCGCCGAGGCGCUCAAGGCCAAUCAGGAUACGGAAUACCAGUGCACCAACACCACCGAGAGCAACUAUGUGCGCGACACAGCCGCCACCUAUGAUCUGCUCGAUGCCUGCCUGAAGAAUGGUCUGCCCACAACCUCAACCGCCGCUCCCACUACAGUGGCUGUAACUCCAACUGGGACCCAAAGCUCUCAGUCUGGCGACGCUAGUGUUUCUACUAUUACCGAUGGUGCGGCCUCCUCGGUGAGCACAGCUGCUCCUCUUGUGAUCGCCUCCACAGUAGCUGCAUAUUCAUUUCAAUUUUGAAGCGCACACCAG